GGAUGUGACCGCUAGAUCAGCAGGGCUGCCUCCGUGCGGUAAAGAGGCAACUUUGGAAUUUCCUGUGAGAGGUCGUAAAUCUACAUCAUGCUACUACUUCUGAGGUUAGACCCGAAUAACAUAGAGCUCUUGACUUUAAUGCUCGGAGUUCAGUAAUAAUUCUGAGGUUUGAUGGAGCCUUUAAUCUCAGAGACCAACUGUAUGAACGAAGAGGAGGUCAAGAAAGUCACAAUUUCCGAAGAAAAUCAAAAACAAGCACAACCGAUCAAUGACGACCUGGAAUGCAUCGUAGCUUCGUCUGAAGAUGACUGCUCGCCAUGCAGGGUUCCAAUCAAAGCGGCUACACUGGAAAAACUUGUCGAAUACUGUAUUGAUGAAUUCGACGAGAAUGGACCAAGGACCAAAGAUCCUAUUCUUUCGAAGUCCUUAUUUAUUGGCCAUCAGUGGUUCCUUGAGUCCGAAAAGCUACUCGAAGUUUUUCUAGAUGCCUAUGUACAUUGUCUUAGUAACGGAGGCACAGAUGAGAAUUCCAAUGAAGACCUGGGCCGAAGAUUUGCAGUUUGCCAGUGUGUUAAUUACUGGAUGACAAGAUAUGGUGUUGAGUUCAAGCGCAAUGAAGAGCUCACAUUUGUCGCCAAGCGACUGGAGGCUCUGGUUGUAGGGGAUGAUGAUGAGAAACUAAAAGAUUUGGUUCACCUUUCUAAUGUUGAUAAUUUUGAUGCCCGGCGUAGAGCCUCAAGCAAUUUUGGCAACAGGCCACCAAGUGAGAGGAAAUAUUCCUUAGCAUUUCAAGACCAGCAGCCUGAAGAAAUAGCAGAACAGCUCACUUAUCUAGAGUUUAGAAUGCUCAGGAGGAUACCGUUUUCGGAUUGGAAGGCAUACUCGUUAACUUCCAAACUAGAAAAUACAACAUAUUUAGAGCGCUAUGUAUCAAUGUUUAAUGGACUCUCAAAAUGGAUCCAAGCAAUGGUACUGAAUCACACAUCUGCGGAGGACAGAGCCAAAUGCAUUGAGAAAUUCCAGAAAGUCGCACAGAGCCUCAAGGAAUUGCAGAACUUUAAUGGUUUGCUUGCUGUUACUGGAGGACUCAACAACUCUGUAUUAUCAAGGCUUCACCAAACCAGGGAAUAUGUGUCCAAGGACUGUAAAGAAUAUAUGAAUCUACUGACUGAGUUUUUGUCGUCGGAGAAUAACUACGCUACGUACCGCAAGAGGCUUUCCUGUUGUGCAGGAUUUUAUAUUCCAAUCCUAGGUAUCCAGCUGAAAGAUUUAAUCGCUACACACACUGCUCUCUCAGACACUGUGAAUGACAAGCUUAUCAACGUCCAUAAACUCGUCACCUUAGCCGGGAUCAUUUCGAAAUCAAUCGUGUGCCAGACAACCCCACCUCUCGUCACCCCAAACAUGGAGCUUCUCAACAUGCUCAGGGUUUCACUGCAGCCAAGACUCUCUGAAGAUGAACUGUAUGAGUUAUCCUUAGCGCGGGAGCCACGCACCAUGAGUUUAUCAUCAACGUCUUCCACCUCCUCUUUGAGUCGGACAGACUCGGUUAAAAGGAAAGUGUCAAACAACUCGAAUGUUUUUGCGGACUGGGCUUCAGGGGGCACAGCUGUUCCUGACCGAAGGGUUGUCGAGCGCCACGUGUCUGCCAUGGUUGAGGCUGUGUUCCGUGUAUACGACACUAAUAAAGACGGUACUAUAAGCUCCAAGGAGUUCGACGCCAUCGCCACAAAUUUCCCCUUCAUCGAUCCGUUUGCAGUUAUCGACUCGAACUGUGAUGGUAUGAUCACAAAAGACGAGAUGAAUAGCUACUUUUUGAAAGUAAACUGCCAGAAUCUCACCCGAGAGUUUUCGCACAACUUCCAAGAAACGACUUAUUUCUCCCCGACGUACUGCGACCACUGCGGGGGACUGCUUCGAGGUAUCAUAAAGCAAGGCUGUAGGUGUAGAGAUUGCCAUAUUAAUUGUCACAAAAGUUGCAAGAAAGAGCUGGUGAUCGAAUGCCGGAACCGAUCGCCGACACACAACAUGGGGACACUCGAUCGAUCUCCAAAUAAAACCGAUACGUUACGGGGUAGAAUAAAGAGUAAAAUAAAGUUUUACAAACAGCCGUCUGAAGAAAGCUUGAGAUCACAAAAUGGCGACAAUGUCACGGUUCCGUCCGACUUCUAUGAUCGCCUUCUCAAAGCGGAGGAGAGCCGUGACCAGUUGCUGAUUGAAAACGCGUCUCUGGCAUCUCAACUAGACGAGGCGGACCGCAAGAUCGAGAUCCUCCAGACACAUCUGGACAUGCUUCGCUCCAACACAGUCUCGUUCAUCUUGGACCAAAUGGACGCUCUACAGAUGCAAAAAGUAACCGAAGUAUAGCUGGCUUUGCUGUGGGCCUUUUACGAUAUAUUUAUACAUUCAUUCACAUCCGAAUGGAAAUUCUACAACUGUAGUCACAGGAAAUUAUUUUUAUUCGUCAUACGUGCCUCCGGCUGCGCUAAGGGGUCAUUAAAUACCAGCAUCGUGUUCACUUCACGUUUGCGGGAUGGAAACACGUGUUUGCGCAUUUUUGCAGCUGAUAGCCUUAGCCAAUUGGUCAUGUGACGCAUUCAAUGUAAAUACUGAACCCCACCCACAUGUUAUUAGUAAAAAUGUAUUGCAGUCCUUUGAAAUGUGGUAAUUACAAAUGAAUUCCGAGAGAAAUUAUCCCGAGAACUCCAAGAGAAAUAGAAAUCGAGAAAAUGAUAUUUAACCUUAAGGAAAAUGUCAAGUUUAUUCCUUGAUUCACACAUAUAAUGAUUUAAUAUUGUGAGAAUGAAUGCAUGUAAGACGCAAAACAUUUCAAGAGCCCUGUACUAUAUGAAAAAAGUUGAAAAAAUAAAAGAAAAUACAUUA